AUGACCACUCUGCUUUUAGUGUUUGUGUGCUUGCGAGUGAUCGCAGCGGCUAUUUCAGUCGAAGUUUCUGAUGACACUAAAGCCCUGAGCGUGAAGAUUGCCAUGCAGUCACCAGUGAAGGCUCUUCUUGCAAGCUCUGUGACUAUCCCCUGCUACUUCAUCGACUCCACACCAUUCUCACCAGACACUCCCUUGGCAACUUUGCUGGCCCCAAGAAUCAAAUGGACGAAAAUCAGCGAAGCGGGGAAAGAGACACUCAUUGCAGUUGCCACCUCUGGAAAAGUUAAGAUCAGCCAAGAGUACCAAGGUCGAGUCAAGCUUCCAAGUUACCAUGAAAUCCCAAAUGAUGCCACCUUGGAGUUGGAUAAACUACAGUCGAGUGAUUCUGGAAUGUACCGCUGUGAAGUGACACAUGGUAUUGAGGACAGCCAGGACAUCAUAGAGUUGGUUGUUAAAGGUAUUGUCUUCCAUUAUCGUGCAAUCUCCAGCAGAUACACCCUCAACUUCUACAAAGCCCAGCAGGCUUGUGUUGAUAACACUGCCACCAUCGCAACACCAGAACAACUGCAGGCAGCUUACGACGAUGGAUUUGAUCAAUGUGAUGCUGGAUGGUUGGCUGAUCAAACUGUAAGGUAUCCAAUUCAUAAACCUCGAGUUGGAUGCUAUGGUAACUUGGAUGAAUAUCCGGGUGUCAGAUCAUAUGGUGUUAGAGAUACAAACGAAACCUAUGAUGUUUAUUGCUUCGCAACAGAACUGCAAGGUAAUGUCUUCUACAUAACUACCACUGGGAGAUAUGCCUUUAAGGAAGCAAUGGAAGCUUGCCUUGACAAAGGUGCCCAGUUAGCCACCACAGGACAAUUAUACAUGGCAUGGAAAGAUGGCAUGGAUCAAUGCAAUACUGGCUGGCUUGCUGAUGGCAGUGUCAGAUAUCCAAUCACGAAGCGAAGACCCAACUGUGGUGGCAACUUACUAGGUGUAAGAACUGUGUACCGGUACACCAACCAAACUGGGUACCCUGAUCCAAGCACCCACCAUGAUGCCUAUUGCUUCAUUGAGCCUGUUCUAUGUCAAGACAACCUCUGUGGUAAGGGAACAUGUGUACUGAGAGAAGGCAGCUUUGUUUGUGAAUGCCCGCCUGGAUUCGCAGGAGAACAUUGUGACAUUGACGUUGACGAGUGCCACUCGAGCCCUUGUCUGAAUGGAGCUACCUGUUUCGAUGGCAUCGACUCUUUCAAAUGCUUGUGCCUACCCAGCUAUGGAGGGGACCUCUGUGAAGUUGAUGUGGAAAAGUGCGAAGUUGGUUGGGUGAAGUUCCAGGGUCACUGCUACAAGCACUUUGUUGACCGACAGACAUGGGAAGCUGCAGAGCACCAGUGCAGGAAACACAAAGCUCGCCUAGCCAGCAUUGUCACCCCAGAGGAACAAGAGUUUGUUAACAAUCACGCUCAGGAUUAUCAAUGGAUUGGACUCAAUGACAAGGCAAUAGAAGGUGAUUUCCAUUGGUCUGAUGAGAGUCCCCUGUUAUACGAGAAUUGGCGACCCAAUCAACCAGACAGUUUCUUCAGCACUGGCGAAGAUUGUGUUGUCAUGAUAUGGCACGAAAACGGCCAAUGGAAUGAUGUCCCAUGUAAUUACCACCUGCCUUACACUUGCAAGAAGGGGACAGUUGCUUGUGGUCAGCCACCAAUAGUAGAACAUGCCAAAACCUUUGGGAAAAAGAGAGAACGUUUUGAAAUUAACUCCUUGGUGCGUUAUCAGUGUAAACACGGCUACUUACAGCGUCAUUUUCCCAACAUCAAAUGUAAGCCAGAUGGGCAGUGGGAACAGCCAAGAAUAAUGUGCAUAGACACUGCCACAUAUAACCGCAGGCCUCAGACAAGAGUUGACACAAGUAGGCCGCAUCCUGAAUCAAGUGCUUCAUACAGCUCUAACCCUUAAGUGAAAGUAAAAGGAUAUAAUUCUAUUCCAGAACAUUUAUAUUAAGAAUAAUUUUAUCAGCUAAAAGAGUUGUUUUCCCAGCCAAUAUAUAAAGCACCAAAGCAGCGCUAGAUCCAAUGUCCUUUUUUUUCCUCGAUUUGAAGUCAAGCGUUAUCACUUAGGAUGAACUCUUCGGGCCAUCACCGCGCCUUUGGGAGAAGACCCGAAGAUUUUAUUUUCAGACAACUGUACUUCGUAAGAAAUAUUAGAUCAACUUAGACAGUAUCAGAAAGUAUGCAGCAGCAUUAAAACAAUUUUGGAAUCUAUAAUGCAAAACAGAAUUAUUUACUAAUACAAUACAUGCACAGAUUCUUUUAAAACUGAGGGGAAAAUAAAAUAGUGUUUCCUUUCUGUGAACACAAAAGCAACAGAAUAAUAGUCCUGAUGCUAUAUAUUCAACUGGGACCAUGCAGUGCAUGGUUUAUUGGAUGUCUUUUACUUGUUGAGGUGCAUAGUAGAAAUUGGAGUGCUAAACCAUUCAUAAAUGCAGCAGCCACCUCCAAAAUGAGGGCUUCUGUUGCAUGACAAUCCUGAGUUGUAUAACUGUUGAACUCGAAAACGAGUAAAAAAAAUGGAUUUGAUAUUUUUUCCAAAAAAUAGAAGUGUGUGGGAGGGAAAAAUUACUUUGACAAAAUAUCUCCUUGAAAAUUGAAGAUAAAAUACGAACUGUUAUGUUUUAUCCUGAGUAAAAGAAAAAUAGUGAGGUCUUUAAGACUAUUUCAGAUAAUUAAAUGUGUGUGUGUGUGUGUGUGUGUGUGUGUGUGUGUACACGCACACGCGCAUGAGAGUGUGUGUUCAAUUUAAUGAAACUGUGAAUGGUUGAGAGAUAAACUGUGUGCACAGGUAGCAGACAAGUUACAAGAAAGGAAGCUUUGCUUUUGUUAAAUUUUAGUUAAAUAUACAGUGAGGACUGGAAAAUGUAAACAUAUUUUAAAAUUUAUGGAAACCAGUGAUAGAUGUGACAUUCUUUUCCUACGUCAUACAAUGUAAUUUACUUAAGAAUUUUAAACUCGCAGAGAAUUUCUUUUGUUUUAAAGGGAAAUAUCCUCUAUUUGCAGCUGUGAAACUGUGGGUUUCCCUGUUUUGUUUUAAAAGUUUAAUCUUUCCUCUAAGGUAUAGAAGAUUUAUUGUUUUUGCUGUUUAGUGAGACAUUUCCCUCUUAUUUCUUUCAUCCAUUUUUGAAUCCCAACCCAGAUUAAUGUGAUAAAUGUCUCAAUGCCCUAGUUAGCUUCAAAUGCCUGGAACAAAAUAUGUUUGGGAAGAAGCCCCAACCUAAUUCAUGUCAUCAUGAGCCCAGCAAUGCUAGAACGUGCUGUAGUUUUCCAACCUGCAAGAGGUUAUAAGAUAGCUACUGUGAGAACCAGACUAAUGCAAUCAGAGACACAGCUCUGAGCUAAGGUGACCAUGCUGGGGCAGUGUAGGAGUCACAGGCUGAUUAUAUACCUGAUGGUUGAGUGCUUGAUACUGGCAUGGAAUACCUCAAAUCAAAAAGAUAGGAUUGCAAAUCACAACACUGGUGUUCAUUUUUCUAAUCAUCACACAAGGAUACAAAAUAAGUGGACCUUAAUAUAAGUGUAUGGCCUACAGUAAAAGCAUAGCUUCCUUCACACAGUAAACUCAAUACCAAUCUGAAACAGUUUAACCGUAACUAACCUUUUGCUUACAAGAUUUAUGCUACAUCUGCAUUGUCAGUGCAAAGCACAGAGUUAAAGAGAGUGUUUCCCCAGCCCAAAGGGUCUCACUCCAGUGAAAUUGGACUUCUACCCCAGAUUUAUGUUACAACUUCCUGACAUUGUUGUAGAUUGCAAGCCCUUUGUGCUGACAGCCAACUUGUAACGCAGUCUAACCAAGUCAGUGGUGAAAAAUACAUCUUGCUUCAUAUUAUAGUAAGACCUCAAGAUGACUUCUCCUUUGGAAGCCCCAUAAUGCUGUGAGCAGUUGCUGGGUCAACUUGGCACACAGCAGGAAUUCUCUCCUCCCUGGUAUAGAAAAGCUCAAAUUAAAAUUCGAUACAAAAUAAAGGGCAGUGAAGAGACUAUAGACUAGUCACUGCCCAUUUCUGAUAAAGUUAAUGCCUUCAGGAGGGAAGAGCAAGAAAUAACAUGGAGAAGACUGAAAAAUAAAAUAAUACAUUAUUAUAAUCGCAGGGUGAUGGGCAAAUAUUGCUCUGUAGUUUUGCUUUCCAGAAUAUUUUUAAGACUAACGCAUCUGCAUUGGCACUUCAGGUUUUAAAAAAAAAAAAUUCUCCCAUUCCUUUUCCAUUCCUGAUAAUUGCCUACAGCUUUUAGUAGACUUUCUAUCACUAAUAUGAGUAAUACUGAGACUCUGCUUCAGUCUCAGUUCAGCUCCAACUUGUGAAGUCUCAGACAUCACUUCAAACACUGGAGAAAAAAAACAAUAAACCAUCACAGAGAUGUAGUCGAGUCUAUUUUGCUGGAUAUUGAAACUGGCACCACAUUCCUCAGGCCUCACUAGGAAUACUAAUGUGUAGUAUAUCUGACUCCUUGUUUAGGCUGUCACCAGGUACAGUAAAGAUAUAGCCUGGAUUGCAUUCAAAACAGAGAGACAUUUCCUGUUGGCAAUUAUUUCAUUUUUAUAAGGUCCACUUAAAAGAGCAUUCUAUGUCAAUCAUCAUUCUAUGAUAUACAUUUGCAAGUUUUUGAGUAGAAAUCAUUGAAGUUACCAAACAUUAUCCCUUGCUCAACUAUUUCAAGGCCAAUAAUUUGGGUCAGGUAGAUGUUUCAAGUUUGAAUAAAAUCCUAAUCGAAUACUGUGCUAUGGGUUCCAUCCAUCUAUUUAAUACUUUAAAUUUUGUGGUAAGGAGGGAGCUGCAUUUGAACAAUCAAUAAAAGUUGCUUUCAGAAUGAAUUAGAUCUUUUCUUAGACAAGUGAUGUGAGAGAAAUGGGUAAGUGCAGAUUAUUAUAAAUUGUUUCUGUAAACUCUAAGCAAGUAAGGAUUGAGCGCUUCUAAGUCUUUGUAGUUGGAACAUUGUAUUUGCUGGUAAGAGGAACUGAUUGUACACCUUGCAUGAGAGGAUUUGUACUAAACUCUGUAUGUGUUUUGCCAUUUUGUAAUUUUUUUUUAAAGAAACGUAAGUCCAGAAGUGUAGGUGUUAAUUCAUGCACAGCUAUGUAUUAAGAUGAGGAAACCAAUCUAUUUCUGCAUAAAUUAAAUUGUAUACAAUAAACUGUAUCCCAUGUUACACCCAUUCUUAACUAACCUGGUGACUUUACAAAG